AUGAGCACCAUCCUCUCUUCCCAUGAGCGCAAUGUAAAUCACAUUGACAAUUGUCAAGUUUGGCGAGAAUUAGAAGUUCGCCUACGUGAAAAUAAAACCAUUGACGCCAUGCACCAAAAGAAAAUUAAACAACAGGAGAGCUAUUGGAAACAAAUUUUACAUCGUUUAAUAGCCUUGGUGAGAACUCUGGGUGGACAAAACUUGGCCUUUCGCGGUUCAAAGGAUAAAUUAUAUGACCAUAAUAACGGCAACUAUUUAAAAUUUAUUGAAUAUCUUGCAUUAUUCGAUCCAGUCAUGAAUGAACAUUUGCAAAAAGUUAAAGAUGCUAAAUUAUUUGUUCAUUAUCUCGGCAAGGAUAUUCAGAAUGAACUUAUACAACUGCUAUCACGAGCUAUAAGAGCAAAAAUUUUGAAUAGUGCUAAAUUAGCCAAAUAUUAUUCAAUCAUAUUGGAUUGUACUCCUGACAUCAGUCAUACGGAACAAAUGACAAUUAUAAUAAGAUUUGUUGAUGUAAUGGAUGAAGAAACACAACAACCUGACGUGGUCAUACGGGAGCAUUUUCUUGGGUUUGUGCCACUACAAGAAACAACAGGUGCUUUCAUAUCAAAAACAAUCGUGGAUGAACUCGAACAAAUGGGAUUACAAAUUGAUAACUUACGAGGGCAAGGAUACGAUAACGGAAGCAACAUGAAGGGCAAAAUAAAUGGAGUUCAACGAAAAAUCAUUGAAAAAAACCCACGCGCAUUCUUUGUUCCAUGCAAUGCCCAUUCCUUGAAUUUAGUGGUGAAUGAUGCUGUGAGCUGUUCCCUAGAGGCUACAAGUUUUUUUAACAUUGUACAAAAAAUUUAUACUUUUUUCGCUGGUUCUACAAAACGUUGGCACAUUCUUCAAAAACAUGCAGCAAAUUUAACUAUCAAACCCCUGAGUGAUACACGUUGGGAAAGCCGUAUCGAUGCGUUGAAGCCGCUGCGAUUUCAAAUUUCGAAAAUAUAUGACGCCCUUAUGGAUAUUUAUAAUGACCCAAAUCCAGCAGGUUACAGUGGAAACAUCAUGCGCGUGGAAGCAAAAGGAAUUGCAGAUGGUAUAAGUACAUUUAAAUUUCUAGUGUCACUUAUUACGUGGUACAAUAUUCUUUUCGAAAUCAACAUUACAAGCAAAUUACUGCAAAAUAAGAAUGCAGACAUAUUUGUAUGUACGAAACAGCUGGAAGUUACAAAGAAUUAUCUUGUAAGUUGUCGAUCAGAUGAAAACUUCGAAAAGAAUUUAUCAGAUGCUACACUUCUGGCAAACGAACUCGAUAUUGAUGCAAAUUUUCCUAAUGCACCUAGUAGGCGAAGGAAAAUUAAAAAACAGUUUGAUUAUGAAGCCGAAGGUGUAUCAAUACAAGAUCCCAAACAAAACUAUAAAAUAUCAUUCUAUUAUAUGAUUAUAGAUAAUGCAGUAAAUGCAAUACAGGAAAGAUUUAAUCAAAUGCAAGAGUAUUGUGCUUUAUUUGGGUUUCUUUACGAUAUUUUUAACUUAAAGGAUAAAAACGAAGCUGAUAUUCUUAUGCAAUGCAAAAAGUUUGAAAGUGCCUUAACGCAUAAUUCCUGUAAAGACAUUGAUGGAGAAGACUUAUGCUGGGAACUUCAAAGUGUGUCUCGAAGACUUCCAAAAGUAAUGGGCCCAUCUGAAGUUCUUCUUUUCAUUUUAAGGCAUGAUCUCCAGAAUAGCGUUCCUAAUAUUUACGUCGCGUUAAGGAUUUUAUUAACUCUCCCUGUUUCUGUAGCAAGUGGAGAGCGCAGUUUUUCUAGAUUGAAAUUAAUUAAAACGUACUUGCGCUCAACGAUGACUGAAGAAAGAUUAGUUGGAUUAGCGACAAUAUCAAUAGAGCAAGAACUGGCUUACAAUCUGGACCUCUGUGAAUUAAUUUCAUUAUUUGCACAAGAGAAAGCACGCAAAGUAGCAUUUUAA